AAUAUCAACAACGAUGAUGUUAUGAUGUGUUAUGUUAUGUUUGAUUUGCAAGUAAACGAACAAGAAUCAUAUUUGAAUUGCAGAACUAAAAUGUAUGUUGAGAAUAACAAUUUUAUUUAAUACGAGUUGACUUUUGUUUUCAUAUCUAUUUACUAUUUAUUUUUUUAAGUCAUUAUGUCAAACAAGAAUUUUUAUGAGUUAUCGACAUUAAAUAAAAACAAACUCACUUGCAUGAUUGAAGCUCUUAAAAUCGAGUUACUUGAAAACAUGAAGAAAUGUGAAGAUAUUUUGAAGGAUACAUCUCGAAAUGACAACUUUCUGUUGGAAAAACAAAUCAAUACGUGUUUUGAAUUGCAGUGUAAAAUCGACGAUUAUUCAGACAAACUUAAGGAUUUGGAAUCAACGGACGAUUAUACGGAGUCGCCAAACACUGUGGUUGAUUUUAUUUCAAACAUUCCUAACGUCGUGAGCGAUUUGGGACCCGAAUCAUUGGUCGUGGUUACAUCCGAAAAAGUGGGCAUGCAGUACGUAAAGUUAUUACAUGAUUUAGUGGUGAAAAACGUUAUCAUUACCACGAUCAGGGCGUUGACGGCGGGCGAAGUGAACGUGACGUUGGGCAACGUGAAAACAGCGCUUCUGGACGGGUCUGAAGAAGAAUACCAAAAGUUCGUUGGUAGCGAAACCGUACGGUUGGUCAUAGCAGACCACGUGCCGGCCUACCGGCUGUACCGAGUACGGGGCGAUGUCCACCGUUAUCAGUGUUUCGCGAUGUUCCAAACGAAUUGCGAUGGCAAUGGUGAUCAAUGAUGACGAUAUAGUUAUAAUGAGAAUAUGAUAUCGCAAUAGCUCCCAAUGAACCGAUUUGACGCUGGUCAAGUUUAUAUAGUUGUUGUUGUUGUGCAGUUGAUUUGACGUUGUCUAUACAUAAUGUUAUAAUAUAUUGGAAUAUAAUAUUAUAUCUUUACCUA